UGGUCCUCAGCAUCAUGGAUAGCUCUUUGAACCGCCUGGACGCUGCAGGUUUCUUACAGAUCUGGCAACAUUUCGACAUAGAUGAUAACGGUUACAUCAAGGGGAAGGAGCUGGACAGCUUCUUCCAACACAUGCUGGGGAAAUUUGGGAUGAAGAGGGAGGAGAUAACUGAAGACAAAAUCAGAAGACUGAGAGAAAGAUUCAUGUCUGCUCAUGAAACCACAGCUGACGGACGUCUGCAGAUAACAGAGCUGGCGACCAUGAUGCUGCCGGAGGAUGAAAACUUCCUGCUUCUGUUUCGCAGAGAGACGCCGCUGGACAACAGCGUGGAGUUCAUGAGGAUCUGGAGAAACUAUGACACAGACAGCAGCGGCUACAUCUCAGCGAUUGAGCUCAAGGGCUUCCUCCAGGACCUCUUCCUCCAACACAGGAAGUCCAUUACCCCUGACAAACUGGAGGAGUACACGGACACCAUGAUGAAGAUGUUUGAUAAAAACAGGGAUGGAAGACUGGACUUAAAUGACCUGGCCAGGAUCUUGGCCCUGAAAGAAAACUUCUUACUAAAGUUUAAGAUGGACGCUUGCAGUCAAGAGGACAGGAAGAGAGACUUUGAGAAGAUAUUUGCUCACUAUGAUGUUAGUAAGACAGGUGCAUUGGAGGGUCCGGAAGUGGAUGGCUUCGUCAAGGACAUGAUGGAGCUGGUAAAGCCCAGCAUCAGUGGCACAGACCUAGACAAGUUCAGGAAAGCCCUGAUGGGUCACUGUGACAUCAACGGAGAUGGGAAGAUCCAGAAGAACGAGCUGGCUCUCUGUCUCGGCCUCAAACUCAGCUAACGGACCCUCGCAACGACUGACCUUUUUUCUUUCAUUCCUCCUUUCUUCUUACUCCUUAUGUAAACCUCAAUUUUCUUUCUAUUUUCUAAAUUUGAAUGUGCAUCUUUCACUCUUUUCUGCCACUUGACUCAUUCCCUCUCCCAUCCUACU